UGUCAAAUAUUAAAUACACGCAUUAACGAAAUAACAAAAUAAGGGUUGAUUUCAUAAAUGUUUAAGAAACACCAAUCGGUCUGCUGCAUUUAUGACGUACCGUAUAAUUAUUGCGCAGCGCUUAAAGUCCUCUGCGGCGCAACUGUUGAGCUCCCAAGCCAUCAGCUCAGUGUGGUGAAUACAGCCAGGGACUACAGCUGCUGAUGAAUGAACAUGCAGUAGUGAGGUGUAAAACAUAGCAAAACGUAAAAAUUUCUUCGUUUCUGGCAAAAAACCGCAACAAAACAAAUGCAAUUAACAUUAAACAAAGUGCAAACAGUGAUGUGAAAACAGAAUUGACAACAACGGGAAGAGCAUAUAGCGAUUGUGCACAAAAUAGUGAUAAAAUUGGGACCGGUAAAUGCCAAGCAAAAAAAGCAGCCACAAUGGAAAGCAAAGUAGUAGUAGGAGUAUGUUGAAUAAAUUUGUAGUAGUGUGUAGUUGUACGAAACAGCGUGCGAGCCGAAACUGGCAAAACUGAAAAGAAGAAGAAGCGCGACGAACACAAAAAAUAUACAGACACAAGUGCAAAUAGGUAAAAAACAAAAAAAAAAAACAAAAAACAGAAACAGAAACAAAAAACCACAAAAAAUGUUGAAAUAAUUUGAUGAAAUAAUUGUGCGUGAGACAAAGGAAAAUCAAAAGCCGGGCAUGUCACAGUCGCCAGCAAAGCAGCAGCUGACGGAGCAAAAAAAACUAGAGGGGGUAGGAGUGGGAGCAGGCGGAGCAGCAGCAGGAGCAGUGGGCAGCUGCAUUUACCAGCAAUAAUAAUGUUGCUGGCGGCAGCCGGGCAACCAGCGCCCUAUACCUACGACUCGAGCGCGUCGCGCAAGAUUAACAAUAAUAAUAACAACAACAACAACAAUAAUAGCAGCAGCAGCAACAACAAUGUCAGCGCAGGCACGAGCACACCCACCCAAACAAUUGGAGCAGCGGGCACGCUGGCGGCACGUCCCACAACCGCCAGCAGCAUAGCCAGCAAUGCGGCCUGUGCGCUGAUGAAAACGCUCUCAGUGCGCCUGCAUCGCGGCACCGAAUUCAUCAAGGACACUGUGCAAAAGGCGCUGGUCAUGAAUGCCUCGACGCCAGUUUUAGCACCACCGGCAACAGAGGGAGGCACCAGCCACAGUCAUAGCCAUAGCCUAAAACGCAAGCUGAUUGGCGCCGGCGGCAUCAUGGGCUCCGUCACCGUCUCCAGCUCCGGCUCCGGCUCUGGCUCUGGCUCCGGCACCACCUCCAGCUCCAGCGCCAGCAGCAGUAGCAGCAGCAAUCGCCAGCUUGUGCUCAGUCAGCCAUACGUAGCGCCCACGGCUGCCUAUUUGCGGCAGUUUACGGUGGCGCCCUCCAUGCUGCAUCGCUCGGCAACGGCGCGCAAACGUAAUGCCAGCACAGACAGCUUACUCAUGGAUCUGUGUCUAUUCAAGCCCAUACGGCCCAUGCCCAUAACACCCAUCAAAAUCAACAAAGCACGCGGCUUUGAACUGAAGCGACCCAAAUUUAUGCCGCCCGCUGCAAAUGUGUACAGCGAUGCCGAUGAUGACGAUGAUGAAGACGAGGAGGAGUACGAAGAGGAGCCAGCACAGAAGGAGCAGGAGCAGGCAUUUAAACCAAAGCUCAGCACACUGACAUUGCCACAACAUGCCACCGCGUCCGCUUUUGUGCCACACGAGCCCACUCAAACCCAGGGCCACACCAAGGACAGUAGCAACACAUUAACCUCAGGCACAGGCACCGGCUCAAGCGAAGUCGCAGUUACAGCCAAGCCGAAAGCAGCGGCCGCAAAGCGUCGACGCCGCGCACCGCUGCUAACGGCCAAAAGACGUCGCAAAACAGCACCAGCAGCUGCAGCAGCUGGAACAACUCCAGCAGUCAAGGUAGCCGCCACAUCUGCCGCAGUGACUGCUGCAGCGCCCAAACGGAAGCGACGCACUGCCGCCAAGGGCAAUUCCAUAUCGCCAAUGCGCCACUCGCCGCCCAUGACACGUCAGCGAGCGCGUCUACAGAUCUCCAACAGCAGCAAAUAAGCAGCAACCCCUCCCCUAUACCUAUCUCUCUGUCUAUGUCCACGUAUGUCCACGGCCAUUGGAACGCCAUCAAGGCUUGUUUUGUAAUCCAAUGCUCAAAACUGCUGUAGAACAUAGAAAACAAACAAACACAACCACAAAUCCUAAGUCUUUGGUUCUAGUUACUGUUUAAUUCUAAGCGACGCGUUUCCAUUGUUUACCGUUUGCGUCAACCGAACCGAAGCAAGUGAAGCACCAAACUGCAACAACAAUAACAACAACAAGCAAGACACAAGACCCUAAGUAAAUGUUUAUCAUAAGAGAUAUUCCUACCUUACCCCUAAGCAGCAGAAACUAGAGCUGCGCUUUGCAUUUGUUUAUAGCAGACGGCCAAACCCAAUUUGUUUAGUCUUUAGUCGUUUAUCCUAUUUGUGUUCUUUGUCGCGUCUGAUAUCUAAUUGUUAAUUUAGCUUUAAAUUUAUCAUAUUUUAUGUUUAUAAAUCUUGUAAAUUUGUUUACUUUGGUCAGCAGUUGGCUUUGCAACUUCACUUGCUUCAACUAAAUACGUCUUAAAAUAAUAAUAUAUAUUUAAUAAUAAUAAUAAUAUAAACUGGUCUUCAAGACUGAUGAAAAACUAAA